UAUCAGUCAUAUGUUGGGUUACUUUUGAGGUAGUUUUUGUGUGUUUAGUCGGUAUUUUUCUUGUUAGUGUUUUAUUCAUUUGAGUUAUAUUCAGCAAAUACAGUAAUAUUGAAGGAAACUUCGAGGAAGGUUGUGUAGUUGUUGAAUUUUCAUGUUGAACACGACGACGGCACCGAGCGAGUAUUGUUACUUAAGUGUCAUACUAAUUUUAAAUGACUUAAUUUUAUCUUACUUGUGAUGAACUGUGAUAUGGAAUGGACUGUGAAUUCAUUGAUUAUACAAUUAAGACUGAUGGAAAACCCUCAUUGAUAAAGUAUCUUUCAAUCUAAAACAUGUCUUUAAUUAAAAAACCCAAAAGAAACUUCAGAUCCAGGGGUCAUGAAAACGAGGAUAGUGAAAAUGAACAGCCUGAAUUAGCUUCUUCAACUUCUGUGGAUAAACCCCAGAAAAAAACAAAAAAGCCGGUUGUCCAUCAACCAUUAUUAAGUUUCGGAGAAGACUUGAAUGAAGGAGAUGAUGGGGAGGUUUUUAAGGUCAAGAAAUCUACCCAGAGUAAAAAAAUCAAAAAAUUACUUGAAAAAGAAAGGAAGAAGAAAAAGGAAAGACCAGAUGGUAACUCUCUCAAUAAUCAGGACAAACCCAUCCAGAAUCAGUUAGAUGAUGACGUGAUAAUUAAAUUGAAGAAUACUUUUCCAAUUCUUAAUGGUCGUGAAGCUGAGGCUGCAGAAGCUGAUGGAAUCAGUUCCGAAGAAGAAGCAGAUAGCUCUGCUCACCACUUUAUUAAACAAUCGGAUUCUGUGAAACUUCUUUUAAAAAGAGGGGCCAUUCCUGAUGCUGCGACCAUACAUGCAGCUAGGAAACAGAGACAGCAUGUCAGAGAAAUGGGUGAGGUUUUGCCUGCACCAGAUGAAACUAUAAGGAAUGAAAAUAAAAGCAAAUCUCGUCUCAUUAGAGAAGAUGAUAAUGAUGCUAGUGAUGGUGAAGAAGAACGGAUUAACAUGGCAAUUCAUACUGUUGCUGAAGAUAGACUUAGAAGAAAAGCAGAGUUCGAUGCUGCACAAGAAAUAGGUUCAACAGAGAGUGACAAAGGUGAGGAUGAUGAAUGGGAAGCUCAGCAAAUUCGAAAAGGAGUUACGGGUGCUCAGAUCGCAGCUGUUCAACAAGAAAACAUGUAUUAUCAACAGUAUGUGGGUAAUGGUUUACCUAUGAAUAUGGUACCAGCUUGUGAAAUAGUCGACCAAAUACCUCAAAUUGAACAGCCAUAUAUGGUGUUUCCACCACUUCCUUCUACUGGUGCUAUAGAUCCUCAGGAAGUAAUUAAAAAAUUAAAAGACAGAUUGUCGGAUUUGAAUGAAGUUCAUAGACGCCAUCAUUUAGACUGUGAAUCUGCUAAGAAUGAAAUUGAAUCCCUAAAGCUGGAAUGUAUUAGAAUUAAGGAAGAAGGCCCAAGGAGAGCUGAGCGGUUCAGAUUUUACCAAGACUUGCGUGGGUAUGUCACUGACUUGGUAGAGUGUCUAGACGAGAAGAUUGUGAUUGUUGGGCUUCUGGAACAGCGGGUUCUGUCUCUAUUCUCACGCAGGGUAACUGAGUAUGUAUCUCGAAGAAGGCAAGAUGUCAUGGAUCAAGCGCAAGAGCUUGCCCCUACUGCACAAAGGAUCAGGAUAGAAAGAGAUGAAGCUCAAGUGCGAAGAGUUGCUGAAAGAGAAGGAAGAAGAAUAAGGAGACAAAGAGUUCGGGAGCUUAAAGGAAUUACGGGCCACAUGGAGGGUAUGUCCAGCGAUGAAGAAAUGACUGAAGCUGAGGCUGUCACUAUAAGGUCUCAAAAAGAAGUAAUAGAGCAAGACGCAAGACAUGUAUUUGAAGACGUUCUUGAUGAUUUUGCCACUGUGAGAGGAAUUCUACAGCAGUUUGAAUCCUGGCGAAGACAAGACCUAGAUGCUUAUGUUGAAGCAUAUGUCAGCAUUUGUCUUCCCAAAUUACUUGGCCCAAUUUUGCGAUUAAAAUUGCUGUUUUGGAACCCUAUAAGUCAAGGAGGAAGUGAAUUUGAAAAAGCACCUUGGUUUAAUAGCCUACUUCUGUACGGCUUAAAAGACACUGAAACAGAGGAACAAUUACGAAAGGAUCCUGAUGCUCAGUUGCUGCCAAGGGUUGUGGAAAAAAUUGUAUUACCAAAAUUAACACAAUUAGUGUCUGAAUGUUGGGACCCGCUAUCAAGUAGCCAAACAGUCUCCUUGGUAGGUCUUGUUACCAAACUUAUACAGGAUUACCCUACAUUGACUCACAAGUCUAAAUUCUUAACAAAUUUCUUUGAGACUGUUCUUGAAAAGUUGAAGGAAUCUGUUGAAAAUGAUGUUUAUAUACCUAUUUAUCCACCUCAGAGACUAAAUGAGGGAAAGGUGAUGAACUUUUUCAUGAGGCAGUGUACUGUGGCAAUUAAAUUGCUUGGUAACAUAACCCGAUGGCAAGGUGUGAUCAGCGACUCUUUGCUAUCUGAUAUAGCGCUGAAUUCUCUUCUUAAUAGAUAUUUACUUUGUGCCAUACGCUCAUGCAGUAUGUUACAAGGUGCUAACUUAUGUCAAAUGAUUGGAAAUGUACUACCAAGAAUCUGGCUCCAAGUAUGUGUUCAUCCACCACAACUUACUCAAUUUUUAGAUCAAUCUAAACAAAUAGCAAAGAUGUUAGAUGUGGAUAAGCCUUUAGAAAGGGAUGCUUUAGAACGUAUGACUGGUGUCCUGAAGGCUGCAGCAUCAGUAUAAUAUACAAGACUCAUCGUUGCAUCUACGAAUUUUAGAAUUUUCUCUUCUUUCUUAUUUGUUUUCAAUAAACAGUAAAGAAGGACAGUUUACACAUAUGAUAAAGAUGAAAAACAGUGAACUUUGAUUUUAUUCUAAAAGAGGUUUUCUCUUUGCGCACAUUUUCUUUUUGUCUUUAUAUUUUUCGAUUCCAAAAUAAUUAAUUAGUUUUAUUAAUUAGCAAAACCUUUGUAAUAAAUAUUAUCUAUCAAAUGACUGAAAAUAUGUAUUGUAAUUAUGCAUCAAUUGUAUUCGAAAUAUGGUUUCAUUGUGAUUGUACUUGUUUUAGUAUAUAUUUGCGGGAAAGUAUAUAUCUAAGACAUUUUUUAACAUUCUUGCAUUUUUUUUUUUUAAUUCCAUAUAAUUUUUUUUGUAAUUAUUAACGUGCACUAGAAAUUUUGUAAAUUGAAGGUAACAUUCAUCUGUGCCUCCAUAGUGAAGAAUGUUAUGGACUUGCUAUAAGAUAAUUAUGAAAUAAUCUUACAUUUAAAAUAUUUAAAUUUAGUUUACUGGUGUUGUUUAUAUAAAUUUAUUUCAUUAUUUCUGUAGUAUUAAUUUUUAUCUAAAAACAAGUAAAAAUAAUAUGUUAAUGAGAUUCUUUAUUUUGUAAUUAUGGCAAUCUUAAUGUGUCUUACUCAAUAUUUAGAUAUAAUUAAUUUCAUAAUUUUUCCUUGUUUUUGUUCUCGUAUCAAUAAGUUAUUAAAUAAAAUUUUUAUAUGUAUAUACUGCAGGUUUUGUUUCAAAACCUUAUUAACUUAUAUUUCUUGAGUAAUAUGUAACAUUCUUAAGACAAGUUUUAUAAAUAUAUUUAAAAAAAUAUAUAUGUUUUUCUAUUGAUCA